UCAGGAGGCGACAAAUGUUUGAUUACAUUACUUCUUCCUACAUUUACAUGCGUCCUUGGGACUCUGUGCACUUUAGAAUAUGAGUGAUUAACAUUUUUACUCGCUUAAACACAAUUACAGAUUAUAAAAUAUAUGCAGUGAUGAAUCGCCUUUGAAGCUGAACACAUAUAUUGAUUGAAUAGAGAUGAGUGCUCCUAAUGCCAGUGAACGAAGAGCUUGCUGGGGAGCGAGAGAUGAGCUCUGGAAGUGUUUAGAUGUCAAUAAAGACAGCACAUCUGCCUGCGCAAAAUACCAGCAAGACUUUGAAGACAAGUGUCCGGCUCAGUGGGUGAAGUAUUUCAUCAAACGAAGAGACUUUUUGAAGUACAAGGAGAAAAUACAAAACGAUGGAUAUGAACCCACAGAGGGAGCACCAAAAUGAUAGCUGAAACUGAUGGACUAUCUGUGCAUCGAAGUGAAUGAUAACACUGAACACUUGAGGUGUGCUCCGGACUCAAAGACCGGCGGUGCCAGUGGGGCCACUAUGCAUACUGCAGUUUUUUUUUUUUUAUGACUCUUAAGUAAUAGGACAACUAUAAACAAUAUGUUUAUGAUUGAUGUCUGCUGUAUGGAGCUUCAUUGUAAUAUUUGAAAUGCAGAAUAAAUACUUGAACAAAAAAAAAAUGGAGUGUUUUAUUUUGUUUUAGAGAUGACAGGUGAAACACAGGCUUGAUGCAAAUCAAUCGCAAAACAUAUUACAAUGAUUUGGUCAUGACUAGGACAAUGGGUGGCCAAUAAUAACAAAAUGUUACUUUCCUGUAUGUACAUUGAUUAACGGCCACUUUUCAAAAGCACAGAGGUUUAUUACAUUUUACGAUUUUAAGAAUAACAGUAGAUUUGUACUCUGUAAAUAAUAAUCUUUUGUAACCAGACCACAUAAGAUAUGUAACAUUUUGGUAAGAACAUAUUAGAUACUGUGUGAUUUCAUACAGCUAUUUCAACUGAUGCAUAAUCUCCCUAAAAACUCUCAAGUAAAUAACACAAAUGUAUAACAUUUGUUAGAUCUCAGAAAAUAGCAUAUAGAUAUGUUACAUUCAGUUGGUAAAAACAUGCAUUGCUGAUUGUAUUAAUAAAGAUGUUCAAGGAAUAUUCCGGGUUCAAUACAUUUAAGCUCAAUCAACAGCAUUUGCGACAAUGUUGAUUAUCACAAAAAUAAUUUUGACUUGUUCCUUUUCUUGAAAAAAAGCACACAUCUGGGUUACACUGAGGCACUUACAAUGGAAGUGAAUGGGGCCAAUCCGUAAACGUUAAAACAUUCACUGUUUCAAACGGAUAGCCACAGUUGUAAAAAUAUUAGUGUUAACAUGAUUUUUGUGUGAUAAAAUUGCUUACUAACCCUUUCAGUGUAAAGUUAUAUCCAAUUUUACAACUCUGUUGCCAUGACAAUGUAACACCAUAAAUCCUAAAACAAUGUUUUAAACAACUUUACAGCUCAAACAAUUUUUUUUU